CGCUGUGCCUGGAACACGAUUCGCGUCUUUGGUCACAACAGAGGUGGCCUUGCUUGGAGUGGGCCUGUUGUCUGCAUUGAGCGCUGCCGCAAGGAGUGUUCACUCGCUCUACCCUCGUCACCUAGUCGUGAAACACCCCUGUUCUGAUGACUGCCUCCGUCGCAGUCCCCGACAGUGACGGUAGGCGGGUCUUUCGGUGGAACUGCCGCCUCCUUCCUACUCGAUAUGCAACUCUGUGGCCGGACUUCACCGCAGAGUUAUCUGCGAGGGAGCGAUAAGUUGGUCUCGUCGCUGGAUCGACUCGACUUGGGCCCGGGACUUCCCCGGCCGCUCAUGGCGGGCAUGGAGAGCGCGCCGGGCGGGUUGGCCGAGCACCUCCAGAACUGGCGCCACCACCUGUCCGCCACAGAGCGUCACGGACUGACGCUGCGGUGCGUCCGCUUCUUACGAGAGCAUUGGAUAAACGUGUUUACCAGCUUGCUGUCCUUGGUCUUCAACUUCGUGGACAUUGUCCUGGCCGAGAGUAGGAACGCGACGCGAGUCCCCCUCAGAUUCAUGAUCGGCGCUUAUUCGGGGACGGCGUCCUUCCUGAUCCUGACCAGGAGGAAGCACAUGGCCGAUGAGGCCCUCCGGCUCGCCGCCUCCGUCGCAAACACCUUGGAGAGGGAGGGCUCGCCCAGCGACCAGGUCUGA